GGACUUUGUUACUUUAAUGCUACUGCAUAUUUUGUUGAAGUUUUCAAUAUUACACUGGACCAUAUUGACUAUGAGGAAGAUAUUUCAAGACGUUGACAAAGCUUUCUAACCUCCUUGCCAACAAGGUGGCCGGUGGGUGCCGGUACAAUCAGAAAGUUACACACAGCCUGCCUGUAGGAGAGAGAGAGUUUUGAUUUGAAAAUAAUCUCUGAAAGCAGAAAGCUCCUCCAGCACUGAUACAACAAUGACGUUUGAUGUGGUUGUGUCUCAAGAAGCGCCACUCAAAAUAUUAGCCAAAGACCUUCGAACACUAGCUGUGAACCAGGCCAAAGGAUUCCCUUGGAGAAUCAAGUUUGCCCCUGAUAAUUUGAUCAGACGCACUGUGGUUGUUGAAUUUAGCCAGGUCUGGCUUCAGGGUUCUAUUAAGAGCUGUAGUGGUGAUGGAGACGUCUUGACGAUCAACGAUGGCAGUGGAGACAUUCGUGUGACAAAGUGCUCCAGGGCUCCAGGGUUCCAGGGGCCCCAGAGCUUAAGUUUAAGUUCAGGUUCGUACUGGGCAAUUCACGCCUGUGUAAAACUACCCUUCAAGUCUCCUCCCGAAGUUGAAGCAGUCAAGCUCAUGCAAAUUUUGGAGACAAGAAGUGAGGCUAAAAGCAUGUGGCCCUUGGAGGUUCAAGAACUUACCGACCUCCUCAGGGGCAAAGUCACCUUUAAUAUGUGAUUUUACUAAAUGUAACUUUUGAAUGAAGCAUGAUUCUGAACAGGAAGUUUUUAUAAGAACAACACAAAAUUAAAGUGUCUUGAAAAAUAUAUUUUGUUUAAGAUUC